AUGAAGCCCUUCACCCUCCUCACAGCCCUAACAGGCUUUUGCCUAACCACCGCCCUCCCCACCAACGCCGUCCCACGCAGCACCACCAAGGAAAUCUGGCAACCCCCCGCAGGAGCAACCUGGCAAAUCACAAAUCCAUCGCGCGUCGACAUCGACCUAUUCGAGAACCCCGCCUCUACAAUCUCCGCCCUCCACGCCCAGAACCGCAAGGUGAUCUGCUACUUCUCCGCAGGCACCUACGAGGACUGGCGCCCUGACGCCAAAUCCUUCUCAGAUUCAGAUAUCGGGUCCCCGCUGGAUGACUGGGAGGGCGAGAGCUGGGUUGAUCUGCGCUCGAAGAACGUGCGUGCUAUCAUGAAGAAGAGGCUUGAUUUGGCUGCCCAGAAGGGAUGUGACGGGGUUGAUCCUGAUAAUGUAGAUGCAUAUGGGAAUGGGAAUGGCGGUUUUGACCUGAAGCAGUCCGACUCGGUGGAUUUCAUGAACUGGCUUUCUGGGGAGGCUCAUAACCGGGGCCUGGCGAUUGGGUUGAAGAAUGCUGGGGCGAUUAUUGAUCGUGUGCUGCCGAAUAUGCAGUGGGCUGUGAAUGAGCAGUGUGCGGAGUGGGAUGAGUGUGGGGAUUUCAUGCCGUUCGUUGAUGCGGGUAAGCCGGUUUUUCAUAUUGAGUAUCCCAAGGGGGAGGAGACCAAUAAUGAGGAGGCGUGUGAUCCUGAUGGGGUGAGGAGGUUCUCGACUGUGAUUAAGAAUAUGAACCUGGAUCAUUGGGUGCAGCUGUGUUGA